UUUAUGUCUCAAUCUGGAGGGAUGAAAUAUUUCUCUGAAGGCCUAAAUUAUUGAUCCCUCUAGUAGUUAUUGGGUAUGAAUCACCAAUUUGGGAAAUACUUCAACAAGGUUGGAUUUAUCUGCUUAUGGAUCUGGAUCCAUGGGUAACAGCUCUAAACUAAAAUCUUCUUGUGCAAGCCCUUUCAUGCAUAGAAUUUUUCUGUUGAUAUUUGUUUGGUUGUGUGUUGAAAUUUGUUAGUAAUCACUUUUUAUGUUGCUUAAUUGUAAUAUGCUUCAUUGGAAAUCAAAUAAUAAUGGUUAAUUGAUGUGUUGAUUUUAGAGAAGGUUACACCAAUGGCUUGACUCUUUAGCACUCCUGUCCUUUGAAAUGGAACUGGGUUCUCCGGCUGUGUUUUGUAUUCUAUUAUGUUUUUUUUUCAAUUUUUAAUUUUUUCUUCACUAUUUAUCACUUGAAAAUCAUGUCUACAUUGGAUGUCAGGUCUUGCUGAUCAUGAUAAUUACCAUGAGUACUGUCGCCAUCUCGGACGUUUUAGGGGUUUCGAAUCAAGUUCUGCAGUGGAAAACCAAUGCAACAGCAACAUGUUAAUGAUGCAGCCUCAAAUGGCUAUUUUUAAUCCUCAACUGCCAAUUCCAUUGAGUAAUGAUUCUAGGGCUAUGCCUUUGCUAAAUAAUGUUGGUUUCGUGAAUGGAGCUAACCCGCUUCUUCCCUCACAAAAUAACCAUCUGGGUGUUCCUCAAUUUGGUCCCAUUUUCCCAAACUUGAACAAUGUUUCAAUGUUCCAACAACUUCAUGGCCAAUUCAAUAACCCUUUGCAGAGCCCAAAUCAACCCAAUUCGUUAAAUUUACCUCAACAACUUAAUCAAAAUAAUAUGGGUUUGACAAAUGGGCAGCAUCAGCCGCGACAACAACAACUUUUUUUGCAGAACCAAUUGCAGAGCAUUGGCCAACUUUUGAACCAAAUCCCAAAUCUCUCUCAGUUUGUUUCUGGUGGUCAAACAAUGGGAUGCUUCAAUCCUGCCUGUGUUCCUUUGAAUCCACAGUUUGGAUUUAUGCAGCAAAACCAGAUACAGCAGCAAGCCAACCAGAGUCAGCAAAAUUUAGGAGAUGUUAAUCCAUCAAGGCCAUCGUCUUCCGCAGCAAGUACACAAGUACUAGGGGGCCCAUCAUUCAGAAAGCCAAUGGGCAGUCCUGGUAAAAGUGGUCAGAAUUUGAAUAAUUUUCCAGGCAGAAAUGUUGCAAGGGAUUCAAAAUGGGGAUUUCAUAAGUCUAAGUUUCAGCAGUCUCGAUUUCACCAAGUGGAUAAUGCAAAGAGAAAGUUUGCAUCAUUUAAUGGACAAAAGAAAAAAGGCCAGGAUAAUGAGAGGGCUGCUAAAUUUCCUUGUUCUAAUCCUGCAAACCCAGACAAGGAAAAGAGAAAAAGAUCUCUUGCUUUGACCUACACGGAGCAAGAAAUACGACAGUGGCGUGAAGAACGUAAAAAGUACUAUCCGACAAAAGCCAACAUAAAGAAGAAACUCAGUGGGAAAGUAUCAGACGUUGAGGUUGCCAAAUUACGUAGUGAGCAACUCAAAGAAAUUUUGGCAAAGCAAGCGGAAUUAGGAGUUGAAGUUGCAGAAAUUCCUUCACACUAUCUGUUAGGUUCAGCGGAAAAGGUGAAUGGAAAAGAAGAGAAUAGUAGGCCUUUAACAAAGAGGGGAAGAUUUGAAAAUAGGCAUGAUAAAAGAGGGAGAUUUGGUAAGAGAGACCGUUUUCCCAGGAAAAGAAGAUCAACUAAUGGAUCAUUUGAUGGCACUUCCGUCAACAAAAGAAGUCCAACCCUUUUGUAGAAUCUUCUUAGUGCUGAUAUAAAGAAAGAUAAAAAUCAUUUGUUGCAGGUUUUCAGAUUCAUGGUUAUAAAUUAUUUCUUCAAGGAUUGGCCCAAAAAGCCCUUGAAAUAUCCUCUGGUGGUUGUUAGGGAUGGUUUAAGUGAGGAUGAGUUAGUUCAAGAGAAACCCUUGCUUGUUGGGGAUAAUACAGUAGAAGUCUGCGACAAGACAAUGAUCCAAAGUAUUGUUAAUGGUGAGAACAAAGAUGGUGAUGACAGUGACGAUGAUGAUGAUGAUAGCGAAAGCAAGGACAACAAUGAUGUUAAUGGCGAUGAAGAUGAUGAAAUUAAACAUGGCACUCAAGUUGACCAAGUGGUCUUGUAUGCCAAGGAGGAGAAAGCUCAUAUUGGAGAAGGAAUUUUGAGAAAUGAGGAAGAAGAGGAAGAAAUAAUUGACUAG